AUGAUCCUGAUAAGGAGGCUAAAAGAAAGAAACGAAGAGAAUAUCGUGCUAGGAAAAAAUUAAAACAACAGGCAGGAUUAUGGAAAGCUAGAGUUAAAGAUGAGAAUAAUCCUAAUAUAUAUAUUAGUGGUUUACCUAAUGAUAUUACAUUGGAGGAACUAUAUAACCUAUUCAAGUUAGCUGGUGCUAUCAAGACUGAUAUGGAAACAGGACGUUAUAAGAUUAAAAUAUAUGACAAGCUACAACAAGAAGAUGUGAUACCAUAUCCAUCUGUUACAUAA